AUGGCUAGGCUCAUGUGGGUGCUCUCUCUCCUCGCCACCUUGGCCCUCUCGGCCGCGGCCUCCUCUUCGCCUCCGCCGUCAUCCGUCAACUGCGAUAGUGUCGUCAUGGACAUGAUGGACUGCAUAUCAUACGUGAGCAUGGGGAGCAAGCAGAGCCGGCCUGACGAAGAGUGCUGCCGAGGUGUGUCGAGUGUCGUGAACACAAGCCCGACAUGUCUCUGUGCUGCCCUUCAGGAAGCGAUGAACAUGGGUGUUGAUCUUGACAUGAAAAGGGCUGCCGCUCUACCGGCGGCUUGUUCGAUCAAAGUCUCAGUAGGAGAUUGUGGUGUUUAG